AUGAAUAGUCUAAGUAUGCCGUGUCUAGUAAAUGUUUGCCAAAACAAUGGCAAAUGCUUUCUUUUACUUAAUACUACGACAACAACAUAUUGUUUAUGUAAUAGGUGUUUCACAGGUAAUCAAUGCGAAAUUGAACAAUACUCCAAUAAUCUUUGGAUCUAUGGUAUAUCAACAGAAAAUAAAAAAGAUUAUAAUCCAUAUAACGAAACAAUUGUGCGUAGCAUACUUGGGAUAAUAUCAUUCGCAAGUAAUCUAUUAUCAUUGCAAACGUUUGUAUUUUCUAAAAAAAUACGUAUAACAAAUCUUGGUGUAUACCUAAUAUUAUAUUCAUUAACUGGUUUAAGUAUGAGUAUUAUUCAAACUGUAUUUGCAUUUCUGAAUUUAACUCUUAAUUUUAAAAAAGUUUCAAAAAUGAAUCAUUUAAUACAAUGUGGAUUUAUGUAUUUACUUAUAAAUUCAUUAAAUUACUGUCUCUGUUGGUUAUGGCUAUACAUUGCAGUUGAACGUGUUCUUAUCGUAUAUUCAUUUGUUAGUCUCUAUGAUUCAAGACGGCGUUCAAUUAUUUCAUCCAUAUUACUUUACACAUUAAUACCAUUAUCAAAUAUACUGCCUAUUUUAUUUGGUCGAAAAGGCUAUAGUUAUGAUUCAUAUGAUUUUUGUCUACUAAACUUUACAUCAAUUGUUUAUAUAUUUUAUUCAAUAUUUAAUUAUAUUAACUAUAUGGCAUCUCCACUUUCAUUUGCCUUUGCAUGUAUAUUUAUCUUUAAAUAUCUCCUUGAACAUCGUCGUAACUUAGUCAACGACGAAUCAUUCCGUUCAUCAUUAGCUUUGAUUGCAUUCAAACAUUGUGACUUUUUUCUACCACCACUGAUCUUCUGUCUACUAACGAGUCCUCAUUUUAUAUUUGACAAACUGAUGAAUUGCUUACGAGCAGAUUCAUUGGAAGUAUCACAUACACAGAGUGUAACACGACUAUUAGCUGACAGUGCAUUGGCAUCUACAUUUUUUUUCUAUGUUUGUUUAUCAAAAUUAUAUCUUCAAGAAUUUUGGCGCACAUCACCUUUUGGACGGUUUUUUAUUCAUGUUAAAAAACGUAUUAUAUAUUGUUGUAAGCCGAGUAAAGCAAAGAUAUAUGCAGUUCAAUAUUCGCCAUCAUCGUUACCCACUCAUACUCACUCUCUUCUUUAG